AUGGCUGGUCUCGGCGGCGCCGCUCUCCAGCUGCACGCGGCCGUGGCCGUGCUUUGCACGGCGGCGGCCGCCGGCAAGCUGUCCGCAGGCAAGGCAGUCCACGCGCAUAUGCUGAGAGCGUCCCAUUUCCACGUCGUCCUGCACAACCACCUCAUCGCCUUCUACGCCAAGUGCGGCUGCCUCGGCCUUGCCCGCCGAGUGUUCGACGCAAUGCCCUCCCGCAACCCGGUCUCCGGGAGCCUCCUCAUGUCCGGCUACGCCUCCUCCGGUCGCCACGGGGACGCGCUCGCGCUGCUCAGGGCGGCCGACUUCGACCUCAACGAGUACGUUCUGUCCACCGCCCUGUCGGCCACGGCCCAGGUCCGGAGCUACGACAUGGGGAGGCAGUGCCAUGGGCAUGCCGUCAAGUCUGGGCUGGCGGAGCACCACUAUGUCUGCAACGCGUUGCUGCACAUGUACUGCCAGUGCGCUCAUGUGGAGGAUGCGGUCAAGGUGUUUGAGAGUGUGUCUGGUUUCGACGCGUUCGCGUUCAACUCGAUGAUCAAUGGGUUUCUUGACAAGGGCAAGUUUGAUGGUUCGAUCAGGGUUGUGAGAAGCAUGGUCGGAGAAGUUGAGCAAUGGGACCAUGUGUCGUAUGUCGCAGUUCUUGGGCAUUGUGCUAGCACCAAAGAGCUGCUGCUUGGCCGUCAAGUGCAUGCCCAGGCGUUGAAGAAGAGGCUCGAGCUGAAUGUGUAUGUGGGCAGCGCUCUGGUUGAUAUGUACGGGAAGUGUGAGUGCGCCUGUGAUGCUCAUUCCGCAUUUGAGGUUUUGCCAGAAAAGAAUGUUGUUUCUUGGACAGCUGUUAUGACUGCCUAUACCCAGAAUGAGCUGUUUGAAGAGGCAUUGCAGUUGUUCUUAGAUUUGGAAAUGGAAGGAAUUCGGCCAAAUGAGUUCACUUAUGCCGUGGCUCUCAACAGUUGUGCUGGUCUUGCAGCCUUGAAAAAUGGCAAUGCACUUAGUGCCUCUGCUGUGAAAACUGGCCAUUGGGGUGCUGUGUCUGUCUGUAAUGCCCUCAUUAAUAUGUAUGCAAAAAGUGGAAGCAUUAGUGAUGCAUGGAGAGUCUUCCUUUCUAUGCCAUGUCGCGACGUGGUCUCGUGGAAUUCGAUCAUAAUAGGCUAUGCUCAUCAUGGCCUUGCAAGAGAAGCCAUGCGUGUAUUUCAUGAUAUGUUGUCUGCUGAAGAAGCCCCAUCCUAUGUGACCUUUGUUGGGGUGCUGUCAGCUUGUGCGCAGUUGGGUCUUGUCGAUGAAGGAUUGUACUACUUGAACAUUAUGAUGAAGGAAAUGGGUAUAAAACCUGGAAGAGAACAUUACACUUGCAUGGUUGGUUUGCUCUGCAGAGCUGGACGGCUAGAUGAGGCGGAACAGUUCAUAUUGAGCAACUGUAUUGGCACUGACGUUGUUGCGUGGAAAUCGCUUUUAGGUUCUUGCCAGGUAUAUAAAAACUAUGGCCUGGGUCAUCGAGUAGCUGAGCAGAUCCUUGAGUUGAAACCCAAUGAUGUAGGAACCUAUGUUUUGCUUUCUAACAUGUAUGCAAAAGCAAACCGAUGGGAUGGUGUCGUGAAGGUCCGGAAGCUGAUGAGAGAGAGGGGUGUUAGGAAAGAGCCUGGUGUUAGUUGGAUCCAAGUAGGAAGUGAGGUCCAGGUUUUCACAUCAGACGACAAGAAUCACCCAUGGAUAAACCAGAUCACCAUAAAACUCAAAGAGUUGAUAGACCAGAUCAAAGUGAUCGGAUAUGCUCCGAAUUUUGCAGUUGUCCUACAUGAUGUUGAGGAUGAACAAAAGGAAGAGCAUCUUAUGUAUCACAGCGAGAAAAUGGCUCUUGCGUUUGGCCUUAUUCACAGCCCCGAAGGAGCAACUAUCCGCAUAAUGAAAAACCUCAGGAUAUGCGAUGAUUGCCAUGUUGCUAUCAAACUCAUCUCUCUUGUGACGAGAAGAAGAAUAGUUGUGAGGGAUACUGUUCGGUUUCAUUGUAUAGAGGAUGGAGUAUGCUCAUGUGAUGACUAUUGGUGA